AUGUGGAGAAGUUCCUCACAUUUCGCAAGAACACUUCUUGCAGCUUUGGACUACAAUCACCACAACAACCGUCCGGCACAUGUGAACAGCAAAGGCCAAGUGUCCCUUGGAGACUUCUUCUGUGAGUCUUCCUCCCUCUUCCUCUACCCCUUCCUUGUCCUUGUCCUCGAGGUUGACUUCCAGAGUCACUGGUUGUCUCCAUAG